CCAACGAUAAAUUGAUUCCCCUCUCCUAAAAUUACCUCUUAAUUUUCUCAAAAGCAUCGAUAGACGUGGCAUCUUCCGACGCAUCAGCUGCACAUUGUAACAGUACUCCGGCAAGCAGCUAGCCUUCCUCCACCACUGCUCAAAAAAAUGAUCGCGAAAUUAUUAAAAACCAGAAACCCUAAAUCCCCAAAUUCCAGCAAAUUUCCCCAAAUUAUGACGCGAAAAUCCUCUCUGUUAAAACAAACCCUAAUUUUAUCCGCCUUCACAGUCCUCAUCAUCUACGUCUCCUUCAACACCUUCCUCAGCUACUUCACCACCACGGCCACUGCUGGUGUCUCCGCCACAACUACAUCAUUCUUCGCCAAGCAGAUUUCCAGGGAGAAUUUCCAAGAAUUUCCCGUGAAAGCAACGGGAAAUGAGAGGAAAGUUAGGGUAUUCAUGCACGAUCUGCCCAAGAAGUUCACAACAGGAAUCAUCGAGAAUCACGGGCUGGCGCGUGGCUAUUCUAACUUGUCUAAGGUGAGUUACCCCGGUCACCAACACAUGGGUGAAUGGUACUUGUAUUCGGAUCUUUCCCGACCCGAAUCGGACCGAGUUGGAUCACCUGUGGUCAAAGUAAAUGACCCGGAGGAGGCUGACUUGUUUUAUGUUCCGGUCUUUUCUUCUCUCAGUUUGACAGUGAAUCCAGUUCAGGUCGGGAAAGUGCCCGUUUCGGAUCCGGUUUAUAGUGAUGAGAAGAUGCAAGACGAGCUGGUAGAGUGGUUAGAGAAGCAGGAGUAUUGGAGGAGGAAUAAUGGAAGGGAUCAUGUGCUUUUUGCUGGGGAUCCGAAUGCCCUUUAUCGGGUCUUGGACCGGGUCAAGAAUGCGGUUCUGUUGCUGUCGGAUUUCGGGCGGGUUAGAAGUGAUCAAGGGUCCUUAGUCAAGGAUGUCAUCGUGCCUUACGCGCAUAGGAUUAAUGUUUAUAAUGGUGAUAUUGGUGUGGAUGAGAGAAAAACGCUCUUGUUUUUCAUGGGCAAUCGGUACAGGAAAGAUGGUGGAAAAAUUCGUGAUAUGCUUUUUCAAUUGCUUGAGAAAGAAGAGGAUGUUUUAAUAAGUCAUGGGACACAAUCUAGGGAAAGUCGGCGCACAGCAACGCUUGGCAUGCAUACUUCAAAGUUCUGUUUGAAUCCUGCCGGCGAUACCCCAUCAGCUUGCCGUCUUUUUGAUUCCAUUGUUAGCUUGUGUGUGCCGUUGAUAGUCAGUGAUAGUAUUGAGUUACCAUUCGAAGAUGUCAUAGACUACAGAAAGAUAGCAAUUUUUGUGGAUACUGAGUCGUCUCUAAAGCCAGGAUAUCUAGUUAAAUUGCUGAGAGCAGUAUCCACAGAAAGAAUACUGGAAUAUCAGAAAGAGAUGAGAGAGGUGAAACGAUAUUUUGAAUACAGCGAUCCAAAUGGAACUGUGAAUGAAAUUUGGCGGGAAAUAGGACAAAAACUGCCUCUUAUUCAACUGAUGAUCAAUCGUGAGAAACGGCUUGUUAAGAGGGAUUCUAUCGAACCAGACUGUUCUUGUCUGUGUACAAAUCAGAGUACACUUUUCACCUCGUUGUGAUACCGAAACAGAUGCUGCCAGGGUCUAGUUCAGAUGUCUCCUGAUGUCUCUGGGGAAGGCUCUUUCUUGCGUCCAGAAGAAUGGCGAAUGCUAACGUGUAGCUUUAUUGUCUGAAGUAGAAUGAAGGAAGCCCCCUGCUCCUUGGAAGGUUGGUUUUUAACAAUGCACCAAGGUGAUCGAUCAUGAAAAUGUCCUCGUGAAAGUUCUUACACAGCAAAAAUAGCUAUAGAUUUCCUUUCAUAUUUUUUAUAUAAUUCUUCACAGGUUCACACACAAUUCAUGCUACAUAGCAUUUGAUCAUUCUCAAUAUUGGACUUCCUAGUUGUAGAAUGUUUUAUACAUGUAGAAAAUAAAACUUACCAUAAUUUUGUUUGA